AUGCUUCCCCAACGACAGAGCCCAGGCAAGCGCGCGGCAGCUAGCCACCAUCAAGCUAAAGGAAUUUCACGCACGGCAGCAUUUGUAGUGCUAGGUCUCGUCGUUGCUUUGUACAUGUACUACAACUUGCGAUUUUUUGCAGCCUUUACAAUGUCCGCCAACUCGAUUGCUGUCAACGGAAACGGCAGGCGAUCUUUCGAUGGUGCGUCUGGCAUAUCAACUGGAGAAGAUAAAAUAAUGCUUGCAGACGCAUCGGCGACUCGCCAGGUGAAACACUUGGUUUUUACAUCCACGUGUCGUGACAUUGACUUUAUACAUGCUGAAGUCCUUGCCUUCACACUCCGACGCACGGGUUAUGACGGCAACGUCACUCACUUGCUGUAUGGCUGUACGUCUGAAGAAUUUCUGAAUAUGACUCGCAAGAAAGAUCAACGUCUCAAGGUACAGACUCGACACUAUCCCGACGUCUCAGCAGAAAAAACGACAUUUGGCGAAAAGUUGCUGACAACGACUCUGAAUCCGUUCGUGCUUGCCAAGUGGAUGUUACAAUCGACAGCUGAUGAAGUUGCUGAGAAAAAACGUGUUGUUCCCUUCGAAGAGCAUUAUGCACUAGCUUCUGAUGACUUUGUCAUGGCUGUGGACAGUGAUGCCAUCUUUACCAAGAAACUGGACAUGGGGAAUCUAAUGGCAGAAGCUCAUGACGUAAAUGCUCGUAUUUUUGGUCAAGACGCGUCGUGGUACUGGCCGAAGCGAUUUCCGCUUACAAAAGAGCAACUGGAGCGAGUUGUUCCGCCGAAUUCUCGCUCGUUGCUCCUCGAAGACUGGCGCGAAUAUGCAACAAUUGCACCGUAUGUAGCUGAAUUGAGCGUGUGGAAAGAGAUUUUGCCUACUGCCGUGGACUUGUGGUAUAAAUUGGCACACGAGCAUCUCUACCUCGCUGUUCCAAUCGCUGCUGCCCACGAGAAAGUUCCAAUUGCAGCUUCGGGUGUAUUAAGCGUGCAUCACUAUCCUUCUCGUUAUCAAAAUUGGGACUUUGUGGAUGAUAUAAAACACAAUCCUUGCAAAGAACAAGCUAAAGGAGCAAAUUUAGAACUUUCGUCGUACCCAAUUUCUAUACGUGCGCUCAAUUUUACUUUACCACAAUGGAUCGAUGGUCGUAAUUGGAGCUAUUUUGCGGAUCAAGUGCCACCGGAUUUCUUUACAUGUGACGCAUGGAUGAUGCACCAGCCAAGCGAUUAUCUGUGGCAUCUUGCCACUCACACCAGUGGAUAUGAGCAUGUUCCCAACAUUCUUCGUCGUCGCCAUACGAUGAGUGUUUGUCUCGCUGUAGAAGCAUACAAUAGUGCCUCGGAGAAUUACCGCUCGCAUUUUUGUCCUACUGGAUUCAACCACAAUCGUCGAAUUCCUAUGGAGUUUCUGAAGAAAUCUUGGCCAACUGCUGUGGCCCGUGCAAAAGACACACCAAUGGCCAUAGAUCCACCCGUAUACUUUGGGGAUUACAAACUUAAAGAAGCAGUGAGUGUGCUCAGACCCGGUCAAGAAGGAAGCGAAGAUUUGCAUUUUGUCUUUACAACUUCAUGUGAGCCAAGUCAGGACUGGCAAAGUGAAGCUUUGGCGCAAAGUUUUGCACGUGUUGGCCAACAGGGUACUCUGACACGCAUCGUCAGUGGCUGCUCGGAUGAUGCACUGAAGAAUUUGCUUCGUCGUACUAAAAAAUCUUCUCCGCAUUUGCAAAUCCACGUUACUCGAGAUUUCCGCUCGCUCCCUAUAUUUAAGGAAGCUGGCAAUGAAAAGGAGAAUGCGUCGACACCUGAUGACUACACACCGUAUAAUAAGCCAUUCGGUUUGCGAGAUUGGCUGGAGUCUGCUAAUCCUCCUGUACGAGAGGAAAUUAUUGUAAUCCUUGACCCAGACUUUCUUUUUAUCCGAGAAUUUGCUGUUAACACUGGCGGUCGUGUGACAUCUGCUCACGAUGUCGACUCUGGCGAUUACGAGCGUGACGCCGAAGUUAUUGAGGGAUUGCGACAGUACAAACGAUUCUUUGUUUACUCUGGCUCGCGAAGUAAUGUGAGGGAUACCGUAGUAGACGGUGUGGCGGUGGCACAGCGGUGGUCCGAGUAUCUGGGUACCACGGCUUUUGAUAAUAGUAGUGACAUCUGUCCAGAGUGCGCCAAUGUAACGAAACGAGAUGCGACCGAAUUUUUUGCCGUCGGACCUCCGUAUGCUAUCACGCGAAGAGAUUUAGCUCAAUUCAUCGACGAUUACUGCAAUAUGACGGUGUCUAAACGUGAUCAAAUGAAUCGCGAGCAUUGGAUGAGUGAGAUGCUGGGGUACUCGCUCGCUGCAGCGAAGCACAAUGUAAAACACACGACUUUUGACAAUUUGGCGCUGGGCAACAAAGCUGAUGACUAUACUGGUUUUGUCAAUUUGCUCAAGGGGAACCCCUGUGAGGACCCAAUUCUGCCACUUACCCAGGGCGAGGUCCCACCGUUGCUGCAUGGCUGUCACUCAUACGAAUCAGACGACGAUAGAGGACUUAAAUGGAUUUUUUACAAGCAGCUUAUGCCCAAUAAUUUGUUUGCGUGUGACUCGUGGCUCUUGGCGUCACCGCCCUCGAGUGUCUGGACAUUGGCCAAGCGCAGUCGUGACGAACGAAACAUGCUAGAGGCCUACGGUCUAUGUACAAGCAUCAAGGUAUUCAAUCAAGCGCUAGUUGACUUUAAAAGUAAAAUGUGUCCCGAUGGCUUUAACCAUAACCGACGCUUGCGACUUGUAAAAGGCGUUCGUCAGGAUUUGCUUGAAGUGGGCCAAGUGCUCAAAGCCUGGCAAGAUGCUGCUCAGGAGAAUGCCCGCGUAAGCGAUUUUGUUGCAUAG